AUGCUAAAGGAAUUUCUGGCACUUGAGAUAAAUGAGACUUGGGAUAUUGUACCUCUACCACCUCACAAGAAGGCUAUCCUUUGUAAGUUGGUGUAUAAAAUCAAACAAAGAGCUGAUGGAUCCAUUGAGAGGUAUAAAUCCAGCUUGGUGAUUAGAGGGGACACUCAAAAGGACGGCAAUGACUUUACUGAAACUUUCUCUCCUGUUGUCAAGCUCACAGCCAUCAAGUGUUUACUCACCAUUAUUGUUAAGUGGGGAUGGACUGUUUUCCAACUUGAUGUGAACAAUGUUUUCCUCCAUGGUGAUCUCCAUAAGGAAGUUUAUAUGAAGGUUCCUCCUGGUGUUGUGCCUCUCUUGAUUCUGGUCCUUUGGUCUGCAGACUCAAGAAGUCUCUUUAUGGCCUUAGGCAGGCCUCCAAAUAGUGGUUUUCAAAGCGGUCUGAGGCUCUGCAUUUCCAGAGGCUACGUUGCUAAUAUGGGUGCUCAUGUUUCUGACCCCGGUCUGUAUAGAAGGUUAAUUGGGAAGCUCAAUUUUGUCCAACACAUCAGACCUGAUAUUUCAUUAUCAGUGCAACAUCUGACUCAAUUUCUUCAAAAGCCACAAGUGCCUCACAUGCUAGCUGCUAUACACGUGCUCAGAUAUUUGUUGAAUGACCCUGCCCAAGGUAUCCUCCUCUCCAAUUCUUCUGAUUUCUCUUUACAAGCUUAUUCAGAUUCUGAUUGGGCAGCCUGCUCCAUUUCUAACAAGUUAAUCACUAGUUAUUACAUUACUCUUGGUGCAGCCCUGUCUCUUGGAAGAGCAAGAAACAGCCCAUUAUAUCUCUGUCUUCAGCUGAGCCAGUCAGCUCUCCACAUUGCUAAAAAUCCAGUCUUCCAUGAACGCAUGAAGCACAUUGAAAUUGAUUGUCAUUAUGUGCGCACUUGUCUGGAUCCUGGGUUGAUUUCUUUGCAGUUUGUCUCCAAUGCUCAACAGUUGGCUGAUAUUAUGAUUAAGGCUCUUUCUGGUCCUCUACAUCAUGGGAUUCUCUACAAGCUUGUCUGUAGUGUUGUAGUGUUUUUCUUGUGUGUCUAUGAUCAAUUCUCGUUAUAA